AUGCUUUACAGUAUGCAAUUGACUAUCUUUACUGAUCACAAAAAUCUCACCUUCCGCACGUUGAAUACACAACAAGUUUCUAAAGGUAAAUUGAUUGCAUUUGACAAACUCAAUGUCAAAAUGGAUCCCAAGGAUGAAAUGUAUUCUUUCGAAGAAGAAGUUCUUCUUCCUCCUCCAUCUGAAGCAGAAUUCAAUCAUACCUUCAGAUGCAUGUUUGCUUGUUGUCAAGAUGGUGAUCAUGGACAUGGCGCUAUCAAAAAUGAUGAGAUGCUUGAAUCGUUUCUCAAUCAUCCUCCAUUGGAAGUUAUGCCAAAUCCAACCAUGAUGGCAAACAUUCAACAACAUCAGCUCCAUGAUGUUGCCCUCAUUCAAAAAUCGCAAAACGCAGUAACUUGGGCUCAACAUCCCAUCAUGCAAAUUGACAAUCGGAAUGUGAUCUGCUACUGUGCAGAUUUGAAUAAACCUAACAAAUGGAGAAUUCACUUGCCUGAAACUUUGGUUGCUCCAGUGAUUGUAUGGUAUCAUUUGGUACUUGGAAAUCAAGGUACCACCUCUUUGUACAAUACAAUCGUCCAACGGUUCUAUGCUCCUGCUUUGAAAAGAAAAGUUGAAUCCCUCAGAUGUGAAGUUUGCCAAGUGAAUAAAAAUGCAAACAUUCAAUAUGGACAUCUGCCUGAAAGACACGCAGACUUGGUCCUGUGGUUUUCUGUGGCUGCGGAUUUGAUUGGACCUUGGAAAAUCAAGGUCAAUGGUAUAGACAUUGAAUUCAAUGCGCUCACUUGUAUUGAUCCCUGCAUUCACGAUCAAGGCGGCAAAUUCAUUGGUCACAAUUUUCAGUUGAAACUACAGCAGUGGGGAAUUCACGAUGCAUCGGCAACAAGCAAGAAUCCAACUGCCAAUGCUAUCUGUGAACGGAUGCAUCAGACUGUUGGCAACAUUCUACAAACAAGAUUCAACAACACUAACAUGGCCCCAAACAUUCAGACAGCUAAUCAAGCCGUCGAUGAUGCUGUAGCAGCAUGCAAUCAUGCCAUGAGAUGUGCUGUUUCUCAGUCUUUGAAAAACAACACUCCAGGUGAAGUAGUGUUUGCUCGUGACAUGUUGCUCAACAUUCCUGUCACUGCCAAUCUUUUGAGUAUACAAGAAAAGCGACAAUUGAUGGUCAGCAAAAAUCUAUGGUGA